UUAGUUCUAUGCAAGACGGGAUUAUUCACCGCAUAUCAUCGCGUCACUGUCUUAGUACGGGAAUAUAGACAGCCCGGCAACGCUCCUACGGGUAGCAAAAAGUAUCCGAUACUACUAUACCUGUACGUCUUACUCUGUACACUACCUACACGAAAUUGCGACUCAGCCCCGCAUUGAAAUGGCUCCAGGAAAGGUCUGUAGUAUAAUAGGUACGUAGGAAGACCUUACGGAUGCCUAGGGGUCCGAACAUUUUAUAUAAAUACGUAAUUCGCCAUUUAUCGCAUGCCCCCUUCCCUCAUUUGUAGACAGGAAUAGUAGUAUAUCUUAUAUAAGAUAUAAGAUAUAAUCAUGUCGAGGUUAUUGGAGUCGUUAGAGAUUGGGAAAACCAACGCUGCAAAAUUUGCCAUACUCGCAGCCAUCGUGCUGAUCAUAUUCGAAAUAACGAUAAUCGUCUAUAAUCUUUACUUUCACCCGCUCCGUGACUAUCCCGGGCCGACGUUAUACAGAGCAUCCCGAAUACCAUGGGCUCUCAAGUUUGCCACCGGCUCUCAGGCCAUUUUCGUUCAGAAACUUCACGACGAAUAUGGAUCUGUCGUUCGUAUCGGGCCGAAUCACCUUUCCUAUACGGAUCCGAAAGCGUGGAAGGAUAUCUAUGGUCAUCGAAUCGGUAGCGAAAGUAGCAUGAAUGAGAUGUCGAAGGCGCAUAGUUUCGCUAAGGCGGUUCGCAGUAGGCCCAGCACGAUCUUGAAUAUGGACCGCGAUGAUCACUCCAAGUUCCGCCGCGCCCUUUCUCACGGGUUCUCGGAUAGUGCGAUGCGCGAGCAGGAACCAACGAUUGGGAAGUAUAUUGACCUUUUAAUCAGCAGGCUGCACGAGGAAUGUGAGAACGAGAAGAAGAAACUGAACAUCGAGGCUUGGUAUAACUGGACCACCUUCGAUGUCGUAGGCGAUCUUGUUUUUGGACAGUCAUUCCACUGUCUUGAGAACAUCGACUACCAUCCCUGGAUCGAAUCCAUCUUCAAAAGUGUGCACUUCGGCGCUAUGAUGAUCGCUUUGACAUACGUUGGCCUGGGCGAACUUGUGCAGAUAAUAUUCAAGUUUGGAAGCUCUCCUAAAAAGGCACGACAAUACACUAAAGACAUGCUGGCUACACGACUCGCUAUGAAAGGAGAGCGCGAUGACCUCUUCGAGGGCGUGCUGAAGAAACGUGAGGAGUGGAAUCUCUCAUUCGAGAUGUUGUCUUCAAACGCAUUCAUUCUUGUGAUAGCUGGAUCUGAGACGACAGCAACGACCCUAUCUGGCGCCACCGCCCUCUUACUAUCUCACCCAGAUAUCCUCGAAAAGCUCCAGCAGGAAGUCCGCUCGUCGUUCAAAAGCGCCGAUGAAAUCACAAUCACUUCGGUCAACAAGCUGUAUUACAUGCUCGCGGUCCUGAAUGAAGCACUGCGACUUUACCCCCCAGUUGCCUCGGGCCUGGUUAGGACAGUGCCCCCUGGUGGUGAAAACGUUGCCGGUCGUUAUGUUCCCGAAGGUACAUUCGUCGAGGUCCAACAGUGGUCGAUCAAUCAUAGCAAGGAAAACUGGAAAGACCCUUGGGAGUUCCGGCCUGAGCGGUUCUUAGAUACUCCAGAGGAGGCUGCAAAAGCAGGCAAUAAACUUGACUCGUUGCAGGCCUUCAGCGUGGGUCCGAGGAACUGCAUUGGACGCAAUCUCGCAUAUACCGAGAUGCGUCUGAUCUUAGCCCGCAUCAUCUUUGAAUUCGACAUGAAGCUUUCGGAAGACAGCCAGCGGUGGAUUGAGCGGCAGAAUACGUUCUUCCUUUGGGACAGGAUUCCCCUGAACGUAACCCUAACACCAGUUAAACGGUAGCCUACACAUACUACACCUUAUAUAUAAAGCUAUAGGGAGACAACACUCGGGUUGUGGUUCUCUAGGCGUAAGCAGACAAGUGCAUAUGUCACUUUGGGUAUUUGUAUGGGAUGGUUAUGGUUAUGGGUGGUCCGGAAUUCACGCCUUUUCACGUUUACCGCAUCCAUCAUCGCAGCAAUCAGCCACCAUUU